CCCCAAGUGCGCAUGCGUGUUCUGAAGUAGGCGAGGACCCUUGAGUUCCGGAGCGAAGUUUGGACGGUUUGUCGGGAACGAUACGCGGCUGGAGGGGGAGGGUUGCUAUUAACCAUGAGCACGUGCUCUGUUUCCAAGGGCUGCUUUGUGUUCAAGCCAGAUACGAAGAAGAGGAAGAUAUCUUCAGCAGCUGACUACUUUAGUAAAGGUAAUAAAGAUGCUGAGGAUAGUGGGCUACGUUUUGAUACUUGUCAGUCCUUAUGGAAAGAGAUUAAGCGUGAAACAGAGCAACUACAAGAAGAUCUCAAUAAAAAGCUGUUUGAUAAUCUUCUAGAUUUUUUGAGAACAUCUCAUCUGGACUUCAAACAGAAGAAAACAGAAUGGGCUUGUCGGAUGAAGUCUAGAGAAAUUCCUACAGCAGCAGUUGUCCUAGGUGUGAAUGUUACAGACCAUGAUCUGACAUGUAAAAGACUUGCUGAAGUUCUUCAAGAUGAUGUUACUCCUUUUGUAGUGACACUGAGAUCAAAGGAAUGUCCAGGCAUUAAAAACCUAUUGCAGAAGCUGAUGAUUCAGCUGAUGGGCUGCCCUAUAGAUAUGGAUUCAUCUGAAGACGAAGGCUCUUCCAAGAUUUCUCCAAACAGGAUACGUUAUUCUGUGUCAUCUCUUACUGAUUGGUAUAGGAAUAUAACCAAGAAAGCAGAUACUGAAACACCAUGCAAAAAAAGAAUAUUUUCAUCUAGCCAUUGGGAAUCUCCUCCAGUUGUGGUUAUUUUCAAGGAUAUAGAAAGUUUCACAUCCAAAGUACUGCAGGAUUUCAUAAUUAUCAGCAGUCAUUGCAUAUGUGAAUUUCCAUUGGUACUCAUUUUUGGAAUUGCCACUUCUCCAAUGAUCAUCCAUAAAUUACUUCCUCAUUCAGUUUCCUCUUUGCUAUGCAUAGAGCUCUUCCAGUCUCUGUCUUGCAAAGAGCAUUUGACUAAAGUAAUUGACAAGCUUCUUCUGACAAGUCAAUUUCCCUUUAAACUUAGUGAGAAAGUUCUGCAAGUGCUAAUAAACAUAUUUUUGUAUCAUGAUUUUUCUGUUCAGAACUUCAUUAAGGGAUUUCAGCUGUGUCUUUUGGAGCAUUUUUAUUCCCAGCCACUCAGUGUGCUAUGCUGUGAACCUCAGGAAGCUAAGAAGAGAGUUAAUGUUUUAUCACACAGUCAGUGUGAAAAUAUUCGAAGACUGCCAUCUUUUAGAAGGUUUGUUGAAAGGCAGGUAUCAAACCAGCAGACCGUACUGCUGACAGAUGACAGAGGCUUAAAGGAAACAGUGCAUGUUUUGCUGCAAGACCUGCAUACUUUCCAUGAAAAUUAUUUUCCAGUUCUGUGUUGUCUUCAUGCUUUCACAUCUUCCCUUCCAAAAUAUCCAUUAGGAAAACAAAUCAGAGAACUGUACUGUGCAUGUUUGGAGAAGAAAGUGUGGGAAACAGAAGAGUAUGAGUCAGCCAUUCAGCUGGUGAGGAUGUUAGCCAAGGAUGAGUUAGAGGCUAUUCUUGAAAAAUGUGUGGAGAUUCUUAAAUCCUCUCCUGCAAAUCAUCUUGGACACCCCUUAGAGAAAUUAGAAGAGUACCUGAGUCAGCUAAAAAAUCCUGAAGAAGUCAAUGAAGAUCAAGAGCAGUCUAUAUCCUCAUUAAAAGAACUUCAGAAGAAGACCGACCUCUAUCAUCUUCAGAAGACUUUGUUGGAGAUGAAGGAGUCAAGAAGGCUUAAGAAACUGACAAAAUUUGAAAUGCUCCGUUUUGAAAUUGUUGGCUUUGUAGAUGGCCUUGUGAAAAACCACCUUGCACCUGUAGAAAUGCAAACAUUGCAUGAGGUGAUGUACUUCAGUGCAGCCAGUACCCUCCGUGAACAUUUGAAUGCUGCUCCCCGUGUUGCUCUUCACACGGCUCUCAACAAUCCAUAUUUCUAUUUGAAGAAUGAAUCUUUAAAAAGUGAUGCAGGCUCCAUUUCCAACACAGCUCCUGAUAUUUGUAUAGCUUACAAGCUUCAUUUGGAGUGUGGAAGAUUAAUUAACCUUGUUGACUGGUUAGAGGCUUUUUCAACUGUUGUAAAAGCAGCUGAAAACUCAAAUUCUACAGGUGAGGACCAGAUAGAUGAUGUUACCCAUGCUCGUUUCAUUAGAGCAGUCUCUGAAUUGGAACUCUUGGGAUUCAUAAAGUCUACCAAGCAGAAAACUGAUCACGUGGCAAGGCUGACAUGGGGCAGCUGUUGAUAUGCAUUCUCCUGAGACAAAAAGGACAGUAAUCUUUACAAGAAGAGUGCGUGAACUUCCAAUAUCGGAGAAAUUCUAUUUUGCUUCAGUAAUAAAAUACAUAGAAAUAAAUGCC